CACUGCCAGUGGUAAAACAAACAAACUAGCUGUUCUCAGAUCACAGAAGUGUCCCACCAUGUACCGCAACUAAUCUCACUCGAUCCCAUAAAUUUACAGGCAGCCGUGAUCACAUCUUCCCUAUCAUGGAUCGAUCCUAAACUCGAUAUCACCUUUUUCUGGAAAUUUGGGAAUUGCCAUCCCUCAGCGCUCCAUAUGCCGCACGAGUCACUAAUCGAACCACAUACUUACUAUACACAAAAAAAUCAACAUACAUCUUUCAAUCCCUCCCACUUGAUCAAUGCCUCCAAAACGUCGAACAGCUGCAAAGAGCACUCCUGCUCCAGCAAAGCCUGCUGCUCCUCCCCCUCCUAAACCAGCGCCAACUCCACCACCUGUCAAACAAGCCCCAUCCCCGCCACCUCCACCUCCGUCUCCACCCGUCAUCGAAUCCCCUUCAACCAAAGUUCGCAAAGAAUGGCUAGAUUUCAUCUCUACUUGGUACGAGCCACAGAAGAAGAAACUCGUAGACCAACUCACCAAAGAGCUCGACACCAAAUACAAGAAAUUAACAUCUAGAAUGCAACAGAACGCUCGUCACGCAGAGAUGGAGAAAAAACUCUCCGAGAUCAUGACUCAGCUGGCUGAACCCGCUCAUGAAGAGUGGAAUAGUCGUCUCGCUGCACAGCAGCUCCGCGUAGAUGAUUGGACAGAUAUCACAGAACAAGAACAGCAGUCUGUCAUCGACGUCUUUAAUGCGUUCUAUGACGACAAUGAAGAAGAAGAAAAUCAUCCCACCCCCUUUGAUGCCAACGAAUUAGAGGAGCCAGUGGCCUCGGCAGUCGAAGAACCUCAACUUGGAGAUUCUUCUCCCUUCUUCACAAUCCGUCAAUCACCACCAACACCCGUUACAGCCAAUUUCCAGCUCGUCAAUCCAUCUUCCUUCUUCAUGGACACUAUCUCCCCAGCCAAGCAAGCCAGAAAGCUGCCGGAGCUCGCCAUGGAUAACCUGGCAACCCUGAGCAACCUAAGCACGGGUCGCACCCCAGCUGACACUAGCUCAAACACUAGCACAGCACUCGGCUUCCAAGGCUGGGCCUCCGAAGCUGGACUAGCACCCCAAGGCGCCUCCCAGUCAACCAACCGAAAUCGCGCCACAGAUAACAUAUCCCGGCAACCAUCCGCCGCAUCUUCUCCCCUGUUCUCCUCUCAAACCGCUCCAAAUAACUCUCCCCCUCAGCCCUCUUCGAAAAUAUCACCCCUAACUGCCAACCACACUCUUGUCCCAGGUAAACGUUACAUCGGGCCUGUUAUCGCCGAAGAGGAAGCCGAACCGAUCGAUGAAGAACUUCUCAAAGCCAAAAUGGCUGCCGAUUUCCUCGAGUACAAGAUGGAAGUCCGGAUUCAGAUGAUUCAGCAAUUCCACGCAAAGGCAUCUGCUAUCGAGAUCGAGCUCGCGAGACAGCUCGAGAGCAGCAAUAGCACUAGCUCGAAAGAGAGCAGACUGCUUACAUUGCACGAACACGAGGAAAACAUGAUGUCGCUUCGCGAGUCUAAGGAGCUAGAGAGGAAGAAGCUGUGUGAUAAGGAACGCGAUCGGAGGUUGCAGGAACAUAGGUUCCUUCAGCAGGUCGCUGCUCAGAAGGCGAUUAAUCAGACUCGCUUGAACGCGAGCGCUUCGUCUUCCAAGAUACCCCCUGCUUCCCAGCCGGGAUGGACGACUCAUUCCGCUCCUAAACUCGCCAGUCAAAAAGAGAACCUCUCCACGGGCAGCCUGCCCACAAAGCCUGAUCCUCCCAGCAUACUCAAGAAGUCUGCUAGCGCUCGUUCCCAUGACAUUAUACCCGGCUUCGACGAAGCUGCAUUCGUGAAGGCUCAGGCGGAAGCUGCGAGCUUGGCAAAAGGCAAACAGCCUGCCUCCACCCUCAACCGACCUAGUGUGCUGAAAAAGACAGAAAGCGCAAGCUCGCACGACGAGCCUGUUGAACCCGUCGUUCCAUCCCCACCUCCCACUACACACGCCACAACGGGCAAGAAAGGCAAGAAGACGUCAGUUGACACCCAACAGCCCAAAACCGUCACUUUCAACGAAGUGCCCGAUGCCGAUGCGGAGCCUCCUCCAGCAAAGGGUGCAAAGGGUGCAAAAGGCGCUCGCAGUCCAUUGUUUGUGAUGAUUGAGGAGGAGCCAGAUGAAGACGCUGAUCCCUUGUUCUCCACGUGGAACCCCAAAGCUGCACGAGCUACCAUGCCUGCGCCUGCUAAGAAGGGCAAGGCUGCAGUUGUCGCUCAAGAGGCGGUCGUCGAGCCAGCUCCUCCUGUGGCAUCUGCUCCUGUCUGGGGUUCGGCGGCAGCGGGGAAGAAAGGCAAAGCCCCAGUUGCACCUGCAGAAUCUACGGCAGAACCUUACCAGACAUGGACCGCGCCUGGGAAGAAAGGGAAAGGGAAAGGCCCAAUUAUACCCGCAGAACCCAUGGAAGAUCCUUUCCAGACGUGGAACGCGCCGAAAAGUUCGGUAUCGACUAAGAAAACAAAGGUUACCGUCACGGAAGAGCUUGAUGAAGAUGCUGAGCCGGCUGCUACUGCUUGGGGUGUUGGGCUCAAGGGUGCGUCGGCGGCGGCGAAGAAGGUGGUACCGCAGCCAGAGGCCCGUCGUGGUGCUCAGUCCUUUUCGAAAUCUGCUCUGGUCCAAGAUGUUGAUGAAGAGGAGGACGAGGAAGAGGACGAGGACGAGGAGGACGAGGAAGAAUGGGACCAGAUCCGGCCCGCAUCUGCCAUACCAGGGGGUCUGGAUACUGGUGAAGCAGAAAGCGACGCAUGGGGAUCUUCCUACUGGGACAACCUCACCAAUGGGCAACCCUUCUCACAAGCCUCAACCGAAUCCGCUCCUCACUGGAGCAGCUUCGCCAAAGCGCACCCCACCGCAGACGAAUCUGCCCAACACAUGGUAUGGACGCCAUCAAAGGAAGCAGAAGAAGAGAGCGGCGAUGAAGAUUUGGGCGAAAGCAUGGAGAAUGCCCUCUGGAUGCAAUACGCCAUCAGCGGAGGCGAGAUCCCUGGCUUCGAGGGGCCUGACCCGCAGGAGAACGUCCACGUCCACGCUCCUGUGAAAAGCACUUCAGCCGCUGCCAUUUCCCACAAAAAGAUCACCAAUGAGCCAACCACGAGUAUCUGGGAGCAAGGGAAAGGGAAGAAGAAAUCAGCGCCCGCGAUCGAGACCAGGACAGAAACGACCCGUGCUGCGCAGCAAGUGUCUACGUCAUCCAGUGCUCGGACGGCUCAAUGGCCAAAGGCCAAGAUGGAGAUGGAGAACUGGGCUUCGCGCCUCGGCCAAAGCUCUGGCUCCGCUAGACAUUUGUAAUGUUUUUUCGUUCUUUUUUAGUUGGUUUCAUGAUAAGACGGACAACUCGCGAUUAUUUUCUAAUGCUGUGGUCACUGAUCGUUUGAUUGUUUUUUUUGCUAUACUGUUUUCGCGGCUUACUGGUUAGGCCUUGCUUUUACCUUACUAGUUCUGUUUGAUAUAAUCGUCGAGUUUUAUGUGUAUCUGUCGUCAAUCGAUUUGCAUCGUCAUUGGUCCUUGUGGU